AUGGACUCCCCCGCCUUACCGGUCCCGCUGGAUCCGCGGGAGCAGCCCAUCCUCGAACGCUUGCUCCGAACCCGCGACGCCCUCCUGCUCCUCAAACAAGACAAGUCGUCCUACAUCAAGUCUCGCGACGUGCUUCCUCUUUACGAGGAGGUGAUUGGAGAGGUGGAAAAACUCAAUGCAGCUCGGAAAGAACAAGAUCGCCGCCUCAUACAUAACCGACGUGAGUACCGAAUGGGCCGAUGGGCCGUGCGUCGCCAAUUGGACUACGUUUUGGAUGAUUGCUUCCAGUUGAUCUCCUUGCUAUUCCUAACGGUUGGCAAGAAUAACGAGGCGCCGGCAGUGUACUCCCUAGCAACCACAAUCCAGCGCCUGCUUGACCACCUCGAAGAAGCCGGAUUCUACAGUUCUAAGGAUUUGAAUUCGAUCACAAAGACCCUCGAAUCAACGCGGGAAACUCUCGAUCGCGGCCGCAAUACAUACUCACCAGCCCUUCUUACCCUCCUUGAAAGCCGAUUGGAACAAUGUCAGAUGUCUUUGGAUAAAUUACAGAAAGGACUUGCGAUCCUGGCUCCACCCUUGGCUCAAACUCACGAGACGCUGGUUUCUAUCCUGCGCUCCACGUCCGCAGUUAACACCCGCUCAAAGUUCUCAGCCACAGAAGUAAACAGCCUCCGGGAUCAAUUGAAGAAGAUCGAAAGCCAGAUGAAGGAUGGGAACUUUGUGGAUGAUGAAGGCAAUAUUCUUCCGGGUCAGGACGAUAUCAAGUCUCUGAUGGAGCGAUGCUGGCGGUGGACUGAAACUGUUCUGGAGCGAGAGGGUAAAGUUCUGGAGCGCUUCCAGGAGCAAUAUGAGCGCCUGCUUGAGAUUCGCAACCAGCUAGACCGUCUAUCAGUCACGCAGGCUUGGUCAUUGCGGGAGACGGACCUUUUUGUUUACCAGCGUAAACUUGAUCGAAUUGACGAGGCCCGAGUCAAUGGCAACUUUGUCGAUGCUGAAGGGCAACCUGCCGAUCUUCAUGCACAGAGGACUUUAUUGUACCUUAUCCGACGAAGCUAUGCAUACAUCUACGCCCUCUUGAUCUCAUCUGAGCCCGUGUCCGAGGCUUUGCUACCUGUCUACAACCAACUGCAGACCCUGCGCCGCUGCCUCAUUGAGGUUAAGGAGUCUGGCGGCGUGUCAAACUCGAGAGAGCUUUACCCUUACAGCAUGAAGCUCAAUUCAAUUGACAACAUGCGUGUUGAUGGAAAAUUCUAUGUUGGUCCUGAUAUUCCUGAGGGCCAAGGAAGUGUGAACGCCUUGCUUGCAGAGUGCUAUGACUUCGUCUGGGAACUGCGGGCCGCUGUUGCAGACGAAGACACCCAGUCCUAG